UUUCGGUCAAGGUUUCGGACACUAUAAAUAAGCUCAGCAACUGUUCGGAAACUUUACUCUCUCUCUACCUCUCUCGUGCGAAAGAAUCGGCCAUGGCUGAGAACGGGAGCUCAGAAGCUCUCCACGUAGAGAAUCCGAAGCCACACGAAGAAGAAGAAGAAGAAGAUGAAGAAGAAGAAGAAGUAGAAGAAGAAGAAGAUGAGUCUGAUGAUUCGGAGGAUGUUGAGGAAGAAAGAGAAGAUGAAACCCAACUCGGUGAGUCGCAACGCAGCAACUUAAGGGGCCCCGUACGGCAUGGUGAAGCUGAGUUGCAAGAGUCUCGUUUGGAAACCCUAGCAGCUCCUUCUUCGCUUCAAUUGUCCCAGGACGAUCAGGGUGCGGGCUUGCAGGAGAAUUCGACUUCGCGGGCGGCUGGAGGAGCGAAAUCCGAGGAUCAAAUUCGGUUACCCCAGCAGGAAGUUGUGGCAACUUUAACAGCCCAGCCUGCCAAUGCUGUGACACAACAUAAGUCUCAGGUAUCUUUAUGUCCAACUUCAUCGGAACUAUCACCGACUUCUGUUACACAAUCGAUAUUGUCUCUUCCAAGCCCAACUCUACGAGAACAAAGACUUUCACAAGCAAAGGGAACUAAUGAAUGCAUGCCAAAAACGGAUCAACAAAGUUCUUCUGACCUUAAAUCUUUAUCUCUUGUUCCUGUUACGAAGACACCAUCUUCUGAUGGUUAUAACUGGCGCAAAUAUGGUCAGAAGCAAGUGAAAAGUCCCAAGGGUUCUCGAAGCUAUUACAGGUGCACUUUUUCUGAGUGUUGCGCUAAGAAAAUCGAAUGCUCCGAUCACUCAGGUCAUAUAAUUGAUAUUAUUUAUAAAAGCCAACAUGGCCAUGAUCCACCACGGAAAUUUAGUUGCACGAAGGAAAAUAAGCUUGCAUUAUCUGCCAAGCCUGUUAUGGGAAAUAGUUUUGCAGAGCGUCCCAUCCAAAUGCCUAAUGAAUCAGAGCCACCCAAAGUUUCAGAAGAAACUAUACAAGAAACACCCCCAAAUCCUGAGAGAAAACGACAGAACUCAAGUGACUCCAAUGGGAAUUGUGAAUUUAAGGUCAAGGAGGAGCACGCUAAUGAACCAGAACCAAAAAGAAGAGUGAAGAAAAGUGACUUGGCACAUUCAGGCUCUGUAAUAAAACCUGGCAAGAAACCGAAAUUUGUUGUGCAUGCAGCUGGAGAUGUGGGGAUUUCAGGUGAUGGAUACAGGUGGCGCAAGUAUGGACAGAAAAUGGUGAAGGGAAAUCCUCACCCCAGAAACUAUUAUAGAUGCACUUCUGCUGGAUGUCCUGUCCGUAAGCACAUUGAGACAGCCGUCGAUAAUGCAAGUGCAGUGAUCAUAACAUACAAGGGGGUACAUGACCAUGACAUGCCUGUACCAAAGAAGCGACAUGGCCCACCAAGUGCUCCUCUUGUAGCUGCUGCUGCUCCUGCUUCAAUGAGUAAUUUGCAAUUGAAGAAAACCGACAAGCUUCAUAACCAAUCAUCUUCAACCCAAUGGUCGGUGGACACAGAAGGAGAACUGACUGGGGAAGCCAUGGAACUUGGAGGUGAGAAAGCAAUGGAAUCAGCUCGCACUCUUCUCAGCAUUGGAUUUGAAAUCAAGCCCUGUUGAAGGCUACUUUGCUGGAAAGCCCAUGCGAAUAAUUAAAAAGAAAAAAAAAGCUUGACCGGCCUUUCAUUUAGAAGAUCAUGCAGCUGUAUCUAUGUAAGUUAUUAAAUUGGCAGGUUUGGUUUGCUCUUCUUUCCUUAUUCUAAUGUUUUUCCCCCCACUUUUGCCUUAGUUUUUCAGCAACAGUUGUGUAUAUCUAAUAUGGUACGCCCUCUUGUUUGGAGUAGGGUUAAUAGUAGUGUAACAGUAUAGAAUUGGCCUUUAAAAAAAUGGGAUUUUGUAGGUUGA